AUGAGAACCCGCAAGUCAAACCGCACAAAGAGCUACGCCGUCGCAAAAUACGACUUUGAAAGCUCGUCCUCCGAAACCGAGCAAAAUGACGCCCCCAAAGCCUCAGCCAAGCCCACCCGCCGCCGCCGCGACCCAGACGACGCUGAUGAAAACUUUGACACAUCAGCGUUGAACGAGUCGCCCGCCGCCAACGACGAUGAUCUACCCUCGGAGGAAGGAGAAGGAGAAGAAGAAGAAGUCGCCGAAAGUGAAGCCGCCGAAUCAGAAAUCCAACCCCCCGCCGCUACCGCGCCAACCCGCAAGCGCGUAAAAAAAGUCAAGAAGACCGUCUCUGGCGGAGGAUAUCUAGACCUCGAGUCCGUGACCACAGAUACCCAUCUCAAGGGGUACACGGGCCCUUAUGACAGGAGUAUGCGCGGGCAAACGCUGGUGAGUACAUGGUAUGGGCCGCGGACGGCGAGCAUUCGCCUUGCGCAAAGACUCAUAGACCGCUGGGUUGCGUGGACGGUGCUGCCGCCACGGCAUGUCGUAGCCGAGCAUGGCAUUUCGAAUGUGGCCCCGUGGGCGGCUGAGGGGUACAGGGAGAAGGAGGCGUAUUACGCCGAGAGGUGGAGCGUGCGACUUGCGAAUGAUGGCGGUGUACAGGGGACUAAGUAUCGGGAGUUGGGUGGUGAUGAGGCCGAACUGUAUGCGAUGCCGAGGAGGGAAUUGAGGUUGAUCAUGGGGCCGUAUAAGGCGCAGAGGGAGAUUGGUAUCGAGCCCGGUGAUUCGUAUGCGCUGUCGCAGGGCUGGAUCCCGUACGAUGUCGAUGAUACAAAGGACAAGAUACCCACGGGGUGGAUGUUGGACGUUGGUGGUAUCGUGACGGGCAUGGAUUGGGCACCGCGGCGGGAGGGCGAGCAGGUGCUUGCUUUGGCGGUUAUACCGCAUUCUGACCAGGAGGAAUACGAUUACGAGACGGAGCACCAGAGGCCUGAUUUUCAGAAGUACGGCACCGUGCAGCUGUGGGGGUUUAAAGGCGACGACACGGAUGGUGUGUGGAGGCCAUCGGCGCAGAAGCCGUCUCUGCGAAGGACGAUUUGUCUUGAUUAUGGGCGUGCGAGAAGGGUGCGAUGGAGUCCUGCGUGCGACCAUCUUGCUAUCCUGUGUGGCGAUGGAAGUGUACAUGUUAUUGAGGUGGAUAAUAAAAUCGGCUCGUUUGACAAGGUCGAACACCCUCUUGCGUCAUUCACACUUUACGGCGAAUACUCGAUCAAAGCUACAUCCUUUGCAUGGGCAACCUUCAACAGGGUCGUCAUCGGGUACUCGGACGGAUCCAUCGCCCUAUGGUCCCUUUACCCAAACUGCCUGCUCUCACGGCACGCCGUGCACCACAGUCUCGUCGUCGACCUUGCAACAGGGCCCCCUUCUCAUCCAUUUCUCGUAGCAUCUACACCCGUAGGCGGCGCGACAAAACUCAUUGAUCUGAGCUGUCCGACAUACGAGUCAACAGAGGUGCAGACCAACGCGGUAAGCUGGCAGCCCAACAUGCUUGCCUACAGCGACCACAUCCAGGGUUUCUUCUCGGUAUACCCUUCAGCCAAUGCGCUCAACACAAUGAUCGGAUUCAUGCACCAGCGGUACUUUCCCAUUGUGCGGAGAGUGUACAUCGGCGAAAGCUACAACUCCUGUCUUGCCUCUGGCAAAACGCAUCCGUUUCUGCUGAUUGGCACGAGUGACGGGUCACUGUGGUGCAUAAACCCACAAGUUGAGUUGUUCACUAGUCGGCGAGAACUCACGGAUCGGCUUCGCCUGUUCCAGCAUGAACACCGGCCCAAAGAACUAUUCCCUGCCGACUCGGCGGCUCCCGCAAGGGGCGCAUGUCGCAUCAUUCAUGGAUUCGCAGUCGAAAAGGGGAGAAGUCCAAAGGGGGAGGUGAAGGCGCAGCCAGGUAAAAAGUUCAAAAGACCGAAAAAGGCCGACCUCGAUGCGGGCGAGGGGAACGAGGAUGAUGAGGCGGGCGGGCUGAUGGAUCCAACGAGAGGCAUUGUGUAUGAGCCCUUGUCGAGGGUUACCGUCGUAGAAUGGAAUCCGAACGAGGGGUUUGGUUGCUGGGCAGCUGCGGCCAUGGCGUCAGGGUUGGUGAGGAUCAUGGACCUAGGGUUGGAUAAUGCCCGUUGA